AUGUCAUCAAGUGAAAGUAAUGAUAAACACAUUCAUUUACUUCCAAUUGCUACACCAUUAGCAAGUGAUAAAUUAGAAAAGAAACUUCACAAACUCAUUAAGAAAGCUGUUGAAACUAAAUGUAUUAAACGAGGAAUUAAAGACACAAUGAAAACUGUUAAAAAAGAGAAAGAUGCAGAAAAAAUGAAAAAUUGGUUGUGUGUUCUUGCUGGAGAUGUUACUCCACUUGAUAUUAUUUCACAUAUUCCUAGUUAUAUGAAAGAAAAAGGAAUUGCUUAUAUUUAUGUUAAAACAAGAGAAGCACUUGGACAAGUUGCAGGAUCAACUCAUCCAACCACAUGUAUUCUUCUUACCUGUGAUUCAGACAGUUCAUGUUUUGAUUCUUGCAAAAAAUUAAUUGAAAAAAUUAAAAAUGAAUGA